UUACAUCUACUUUGACACGGUCCGGGAUUGCUAUGAAGCCUUCGUCAUCUACAACUUCCUGACGUUGUGCUUUGAAUAUCUAGGUGGUGAUAGGAAAAUCCUUUCGUUUAUCGAUGGAUUACCCGUCAGGGGUAACUGGUGGACGGGCACAUGUUGCUUGUCAUCCAUGCGCUACAGCAGUGGCUUCUUGAGAUUCUGCAAGCAGGCAACUUUGCAGUUCUGUUUUGUGAAACCCAUUGUGGCCAUCAUCACUAUUAUUCUCAAAGCGGACAACAAGUAUAGCGAAGGCAACUGGGAACCGUCCAAAGGAUAUCUCUAUCAGACUAUAGUGUAUAAUUUUUCCAUUUCCCUGGCACUCUAUGCCCUCAUUCUAUUCUACUAUGCCACUCGUGAUCUCCUGAAGCCAUACGACCCUGUCUUGAAGUUCAUUACUGUCAAAUUUAUCAUUUUCCUCUCCUUUUGGCAAGGUGUUUUCCUUUCCGUUGCACAAUACUUUAACAUGUUUGGACGGCACGGCAAUGGUGCUUUUGCCAAGGGUAUACAGAACUUUCUCAUCUGCAUGGAGAUGGCAAUAGCUGCCUUGAUGCUUCACAGGUCAUUUCCUGUCACGCCGUACUGCCAGUCCGGAGAGCCGAAGCUUCCAACUCGAGCCCCGUCCGCGGGAGGACUUAGACAAAAAGAGAAAAUCGUGAAAAACUUCACUGACACGCUAAAUCCGACUGAUGUUAUCUCGGAUAUCCGUCGCAGUUUUGACCCUCGGUACAAGCCCUAUGUACAGCACCCCAACACAGAUGAGGAAGGCAAAGAGCUCUGCAUCGUGGAGGAUCAACAGGGACUAGGCAACGGGAGGACGUCGGGAAGCAAAUCGCCAGCCCGAUCUCCGACGAUAGCGCCUGACUAUCUUGCGGCGUCCUUUCGUGCACCGCGUGCCAACGGCGACCACCGGGCUGUGUAUGAUCAACAACACAGCCAUGCAGGAGAGUGUGUGACGGAAGACGAGGACGAUGUCACUCUUGUGUUUGACAGAAAGUCUGAACAGUCCAGUCUUCUGGCCGGCAGGUAGCAGCAGACAGCACUCUUCCCACUUGAGCACCGUCGCUCAAUAUCAUUUUUGUUUCUUCGGUUUUUAUUAGAUUUCUUUCAAAUUGUCACUCAUGCUAUUAUCCUGUCAUACUGGUCCUUUUCUUUUUUUUUGCUGUGGCCAUCUUGAGCAAUCUAGUCAUUUUUAUUCCAGACUUUAUUUCGGCACAGUUUGUGUGUGCAUACACGCGCAAACUCGGUACACACAUCUGUGGCGUACACCCGCAGAGUAUACUAAUAAUUCACCUGAAAAUUACUUCAACCUCUGGAGUGGAUUUCUCCGCAUAAAAAAGUCAUAUUUUAUAUUUCCACAAAAACUUCCCCAUGUGUUGCAUGAAACUUUUGUUGAGCUGAUCUCCGCUGAGCUGUUCUCUUUCUUGUUGCCCUGUGUGUGUGUGUGUGUGUGUGUGUGUGUGUGUGUGUGUGUGUGUGUGUGUGUGUGUGUGUGUGUGUGUGUGUGUGUGUGUGUGUGUGUGUGUGUGUGUGUGUGUGUGUGUGUGUGUGUGUGUGUGUGUGUGUGUGUGUCUCUCUCUCUCUCUCUCUCUCUCUCUCUCUCUUCAAAGGGUCUUCCUUCUUCAGCAUUCCUUGCCUUUUUUUGAACUCAGGUUUGUUGUGUUGCUGGUUGACCUGUGUAUAUAUGCACGUAGUGGUUAGAAUUGCUGAGUUGUGCUCUGGCGAAGUAGAUUUCUUUCUUCUUUUUGCGUCAACGUCCACACAUCUUCUCCUUUUUGGUAUUUUAUACAGCUUUUUUCUCACCUGCACGCAAUAUUUAAUUGACAUUGCAGCUGCUCCAUUGUCAAUUGCUUGAGCCUUCCAUGUAGUCUUUUUGUGAAUGAGACAAAAUAAUAGUUUGACUAAUUCCCAUUGUGGUUGGUUACACUGCGUUUGACGAUAACAUUCGAUUUUCUGUA